CUUCCGCCGGCCCCGGAACCGCUCCCGCUGCUGCUCCCCGCGUUGGCCACGCCCCGAGGCAUCGCGAUAGAUCGCGAUAGAGGCCGGUGGGCUCUUCCAGGCUUCGGAAUGCCGCUCUCCACGCAGCCGCUGGGCAGCGGGGAGCCGUACGUGCUGACGGCCAGCUUGGACAAUGCCCGCAACCUGUCCAGCCUCCUGAGGGCCGUGCAGUUCCAGGACCACGCCACCUGCUUCGCCACGGCCAACGGGCUGCGGGUGACGGUGGAGGAUGCCAAAUGCAUCCAGGCCAACGCCUUCAUCCAGGCAGAAAUUUUUCAGGAAUUUUCUGUUCAGGAGGAAUCGGUGACAUUCCGGAUCAAUUUGGCUGUUCUUCUGGACUGCUUGACUAUUUUUGGUGCCAGUUCUACGCCAGGAACACCAACAGCUCUCAAGAUGUGUUAUCGUGGCUAUGGCUAUCCCUUGAUGCUGUUCUUAGAAGAAGGAGGAGUAGUGACAGUGUGCAGAAUUAACACUCAAGAACCUGAGGACUUGUUAGAUUUUGAUUUCUGCAGUACCAAUGUUGUCAAUAAAAUUAUCCUGCAGUCAGAAGGACUACGAGAAGCAUUUGCUGAACUAGAUAUGACCAGUGAAGUGCUGCAGAUCACCAUGUCUCCAGAUAAACCAUAUUUCAGGUUAUCCACUUUUGGAAACGCAGGAAGUGCACAUCUGGACUAUCCCAAGGACUCCGAUUUGGUGGAAGCAUUCCACUGCAACCAAACCCAGACAAACAGGUACAAGAUUUCUUUGAUUAAACCAUCUACAAAGGCACUGGCUUUAUCUUGUAAAGUCUCCAUUCGAACAGAUAAUCGAGGAUUUCUUUCACUGCAGUAUAUGAUUAGGAAUGAAGAUGGACAGAUCUGUUUUGUGGAAUACUACUGUUGCCCUGAUGAAGAGAUUGCCGAAGCAGAGCUGUAGGUGUAUAUUCUGGUGUCUGUAUUAUAUUUAUGAAUAUAUAAAGUGCUAUAUUUUUUUUUAAUAAAAAUGAACAAAAGCUGUAAAGAUUUAUAGUCUUGAUAAUUGUCAUUUAUUUUUUAAACUGUGAAACUAGAAAUAUGAAGACUUCUUUUAUAUUCCCCUGACAGCAUUUCUUAGCCUUGACCCAAAAAGCUUCAGCUCAAAGAACAGAAACAGGAAUUAGUCUCCAGUAGUUAUUGGUGUUAGAAGUGGUGUUCUUGUAAUAUACCGCUUCACUUCUGGUGCUCUCCAAGCAUUUUGUUUUGUUUUGUUUUUUGUCUUUUGUCUUGUUCCAGACAACUACACUAGGGAAAACCUGAGUAGUAGCUGUAUGUUAGACGGUCAGUUAACUUCCAGUAACUUAAAAGUAAACCCAAGUUUGUCUGGAAAGAGGAUGGCAUUUUCAGUCUGUUUUCUUAAAAGCAGCAGGUGUUUUUUUUUAAGCAAAUGCUGGCAUUUGUUUUUUUUUUUUUUUUUGUGAAACCACUGGGCUUUUCAUCAACAUGAUUAAUUCCUAGUUUAACUCAAUUCCUUAGAUUUUCGCCUGAUAAAUUGAAUUGUUAAGAUAGAGUCCAGGGUGUACUUAUUCAUUACUCAUAAAUGUUCUGGCAAUGUUACUAGUUUAAGUAAUUUAUUAGACAUCCUCAAGAAUACUGCUGCUGAAAUGUUUCCUUACGUGCAUGUUCCCAUUCCUACACUGCUAUGCUGCAACCCAAAAACUUCUACCAGCUUAUAGCCUAAGGAGACUGUUUUGGAAUACUUGCUUGGGAGAUAAAAGUCCUGUAAACUUGUUUAUAUAAUUUUGUAAAAGACUUCAUUAAAGGUUCUUUGCCUUCUAGUCACGACUAA